ACAUGGGUUCCCUGCGGAGCUGGUGGAUGCUUUGGGCCGGAGCAACCCUCCUGUGGGGGUUGACCCAGGAGGCCUCAGUGGACCCCCAGAACAGCGGGGGUGAGGAAUUCCUCACGGCCUUCCUGCAGAACUAUAAUCUCGGGUACAGCAAGGCCUAUCUCUGCCUCCUCCUCUCCAGUCUGUCGGACAGCCUCACCUCAGUCUCCAUCCUCAGCCGGGCAGAUGGCACCACACAGAAGGUCACUGUCAGGCCAGAGCAGUCAGUCUUGGUCAACAUCAGCGCCAAGGCUGAGAUGGUCGGCAGCAACACCUUCCAGCAUGCGGUGGUGGUCCGCUCUGACCGCGCCAUCUCGGUGCAGGCGGUAAACGCUAAGCCCCACACGGCGGAUGUGACGCUGCUGAGGCCUGUCCGCGCCCUGGGCACUGAAUACUUUGUGUUCACGCCCUCCGACCCUUCGUCCAAGAACCUCAAGGAGUUUGCUGUGGUGGCGGGUGCGGCCGGGGCCUCUGUCAGUAUACAGCUGAAGGGGUCGGUGACAUUCAAGGGCAAGCCCUACGCAGCGGGCCAUGUCUUGAAUGUGAGCCUGGACCCCUACCAAGUGGCCCAGGUACAGGGCACGGCUAACCUCUCGGGGUCAAAGGUCACUGCCAGCAGCCCCGUGGCUGUCCUCUCCGGUCACAGCUGUGCCCAGAAAAGCUCGAACUGCAACCAUGUGGUAGAGCAGCUGCUACCCACGUCUGCCUGGGGCACCCGCUAUGUGGUGCCGCCUCUGUCCUCCCGCAGCCAGCACGAUGUGGUCUACGUCAUGGCCAGCCAGGCCACAAAGCUGACCUACCGCCUGGGGCGCGCCGCUGGCUCCCGGGGGCUCCAGGCAGGCAGUGUGGCCAAGUUUGAGAUCCAGCAGUCCCGGCCACUCUACCUGUCUGCAAACGUGGGCAUCCAAGUCCUGGUGUUUGGUGCGGGUGCCACCAGAGAUGGGAAGACCUAUGACCCUCAUCUGAUCCUGAUCCCAGACGUGGCGGCCUACUGCCCUGCCUACGUGGUGAGGGGUGUGCCGGGCUCUAAGGGUAUGGCCCUGGUGGUGGCACCAACCAAGGCCGCUGACGAGCUGACCGUGGAUGGGCAGAGGCUAGGGGCCAAACUCUCCUGGGCCGCUGUGCCAGGCAGUGAGUUCUCCUAUGCUGAAUUGGACUUUGGCACGGCUGACAGUGUCCAUGUGGCCGAGGCCACUACCAGCUUUGGGCUGCUCACCUUUGGGCUAGACCAGGACGUGAGCUUCGGGACAGCAGCUGCCUGUGGCCGGACCCAGCGGACGCUGGAGAAGACCCCCUGUGAAGGCAAGCAGUGCGCUGCCAGGCAGCUCUGCAAGGUGGUAAAUGGGCAGGCCAGGUGCGUGGCCUCCGUGGCUACCUGCCGUGCCCAGGGUGACCCCCAUUACACCACCUUCGACGGUCGCUACUACGACAUGAUGGGCACGUGCUUGUACUCACUGGUGGAGCUGAACAGUGAGGACGCCAGCCUGCCUGCCUUCAGCGUCGACGCCAAGAAUGAGCACCGAGGCAGCCGCCGUGUCUCUUACGUGGGCUUGGUGACCGUGCGCGCCUACAGCCACGCAGUGUCACUGGCCCGCGGGGAAGUUGGCUUCGCCCGGAUCGACAACCAGCGCUCACGCCUGCCUGCCUCCCUGAAUGAGGGACGCCUGCGAGUGUACCAGAGCGGAACACGGGCUGUGGUGGAGCUAGAUUUCGGGCUGGUGGUCAGCUACGACUGGGAUGCCCAGCUGGCACUCAGCCUGCCCGUGCGCUUCCAGGGCCAGGUGUCCGGACUGUGUGGCAACUAUAACGGUGACCCCACUGAUGACUUCCUUACACCUAACCUGGAGCAGGCUCCCAAUGCUGUGGAGUUUGCCAGCAGCUGGAAGCUGGAUGACGGGGACUACCUCUGUGAGGAUGGCUGCCAGGAAAACUGUCCUGCCUGCACCCCAGACCAGACCCAGCAGUACGAGGGCAGUCGUUUCUGUGGCAUGCUGACCCAGCUCAACGGCCCCUUCGCUGUCUGUCACGAGGCCCUGAACCCCCAGCCCUUCCUGAAGGAAUGUGUGUAUGACCUGUGUGUGGUCAACGGGGACCGAGCCAGCCUGUGCCGUGGCCUCAGUGCUUAUGCCCAGGCCUGUCUGGAGCUUGGUAUCUCUGUUGGGAGCUGGAGGUUGUCAGCCAACUGCCCCCUGUCCUGCCCAGCCAACAGCCGCUACGAGCUCUGCGCCCCGGCCUGCCAAGCCUCCUGCAACCCCGAGGCGGCGCCGUCCAACUGCUCGGCGCGCCAGUGCGUGGAGGGCUGCGUGUGCCUCGAUGGCUUCGUGCAGAGCGGCGGCGCCUGUGUGGCGGCCUCGUCCUGCGGCUGCACCUACGAGGGCCGCCCGCUCGCGCCCGGCCAGGAGGUGUGGGCCGACGACACUUGCCAGCGGCGCUGCACCUGCGACGCCAGCACCGGCCAGGUGCGCUGCGCCGACACGCAGGGCUGCCCGAAGGGCGAGCGCUGCCUCGUCCAGAACGGCCUCCAGGGUUGUUACCCCAACCGCUUCGGAACCUGCGAGGGGUCCGGGGACCCGCACUACGUGAGCUUCGAUGGCCGACGCUUCGACUUCAUGGGCACCUGCACAUACCUGCUGGCCGGCUCCUGCGGCCAGGCCUCAGGGCUGCACACCUUCCGGGUGCUGGUGGAAAACGAGCAUCGGGGUAGCCAGACCGUGAGCUACACGCGCGCCGUGCGAGUCGAGGCCCUCGGCGUGAAGGUGGCCGUGCGCCGGGAGUACCCUGGCCGAGUGCUGGUGGACAAUAUCCUUCAGUACCUGCCCUUCCGGGCGGCAGAUGGGCAGAUGCAGAUGUUCCGCCAGGGCAAAAAUGCUGUCAUCCGCACAGACUUUGGCCUGACAGUCACCUACGACUGGAACGCCCAUGUGACCGUCAAGGCACCCACCAGCUACGCUGGGGCCCUGUGUGGGCUCUGCGGGAACUUCAAUGAGGACCCAUCUGACGACUUAGCUCUGAAGGGUGGAGGCCAAGCUGCCAACGCACUGGCCUUCGGAAAUAGCUGGCAGGAGGAAACAAGGCCGGGCUGCGGAGCGGCCGAGCCAGGCGACUGUCCCAAGCUGGACUCCCUGGUGGCUGAGCAGCUGCAGAGCAAGAAGGAGUGUGGGAUCCUCGCCGACCCCAGUGGUCCCUUCCGGGAGUGCCACCAAACGCUGGACCCACAGGGUGCUGUGCGAGACUGUGUCUAUGACCGCUGCCUCCUGCCGGGCCAGUCCGGGCCUCUGUGUGACGCUCUGGCGGCCUACGCUGACGCGUGCCAGGCUGCCGAGGUCACCGUGCACCCCUGGAGGAGUGAGGAACUUUGCCCGCUGAGCUGCCCAUCUCACAGUCACUACGAGGAGUGUUCCUACGGCUGCCCGCUGUCCUGCGGAGACCUCCCGGUGCCCGGGGGCUGUGGCUUCGAAUGCAAAGAGGGCUGCGUGUGUGACGAGGGCUUCGUGCUCAAUGGUGAGUCCUGUGUGCCGGUGGCCUCCUGCGGCUGCGUGUACCAGGGCGCCUACUACCCGCCUGAACAGACCUUCUACCCGGGACCCGAGUGCGAUUCCCUUUGCUACUGCGAGGAGGGCGGGCUGGUGUCCUGCGUGCCAUCCAGCUGUGGCCCUCACGAGGCCUGCCAGCCGUCCAAUGGUGUCCUGGGCUGCGUGGCUGUGGGCUCUACCACCUGCCAGGCAUCGGGAGACCCCCAUUACACCACCUUCGACGGCCAACGCUUCGACUUCAUGGGUACCUGUGUGUACGUGCUGGCUCAGACCUGUGGGACUCGGCCUGGCCUGCCCCAGUUUGCCGUCCUGCAGGAGAAUGUGGCCUGGGGCAAUGGGAAAGUCAGUGUGACCAAGGCGAUCACCGUCCAGGUGGCCAACUACACCCUGCGGCUGGAGCAGAAUCAGUGGAAAGUCACGGUGAACGGCGUGGACAGGAGGCUGCCCGUGGUGCUGGACGAGGGCCGGAUCCGUGUCUUCCAACACGGCUCCGACGUCGUGAUCGAGACUGACUUCGGCCUGCGUGUGGCCUAUGACCUCGUGUACAACGUGCGGGUCACCGUCCCAGGCAACUACUACCAGCAGCUGUGUGGCCUGUGUGGGAACUACAACGGCGACCCCAAGGACGACUUCCAGAAGCCGGAUGGCUCGCAGGCGGGCAGCGCCAAUGAGUUUGGCAACUCCUGGGAGGAGAAAGUGCCUGACUCACCCUGCCUGCCGCCCCCCACCUGCCAGCCGGGCAGCGAGGGCUGUGACUCAGAGCUGGAGUGUAAACCGGAGCUGCAGGACAAAUACAAACAACAGGAGUUCUGCGGGCUCCUCACCAGCCCCACAGGGCCGCUGGCCGCCUGCCACAAGCUCCUGGACCCUCAGGGCCACUUGCAAAACUGUGUCUUCGACCUCUGUGUGGGCGGCGGCAAUGAGAGCAUUCUCUGCGACAACAUCCACGCCUACGUGAGCGCCUGCCAGGCGGCUGGAGGCCACGUGGAACCCUGGAGGACGGAGUCUUUCUGUCCCAUGCCGUGCCCCCCCAACAGCCACUACGAGGUUUGCGCAGACACCUGCUCCCUGGGCUGCUCCGCACUCAGCGCCCCCCCGCAGUGCCCAGAGAGCUGCGCAGAGGGGUGCCAGUGUGACUCCGGCUUCCUCAGUGAUGGCCAAGGCUGCGUGCCCAUCCAAGAGUGCGGCUGCUACCACAACGGCAUCUACUACGAGCCCGAGAAGGUGGUGCUCACUGAGAACUGCCAGCAACAGUGUGUGUGCCAGCCUGGCAAAGGCCUGGUGUGCCAGAGCCACAGCUGCAGUGCCGGGCAGGUGUGCCAGCCCUCGGGAGGUGUCCUGAGCUGCGUCACCAAAGACCCAUGCCACGAUGUGACGUGUCGGCCACAGGAGACGUGCCAGGAUAAGAAUGGCCAGGGCGUGUGCGUGCCCAACUACCAGGCCACGUGCUGGCUGUGGGGCGACCCACACUACCACUCCUUCGACGGCUGGAACUUUGACUUCCAGGGCACCUGUGACUAUGUGCUGGCAUCAACCAACUGCUCAGGGAACAAUGCCCAGGGCCUCACACCCUUCACUGUCACCACCAAGAACGAGAACCGGGGCAACCCCUCUGUGUCCUACGUGAGGCUGGUCACCGUGACCACCCUCAACACCCACAUCGCCAUCCACAAAGGCGAGAUCGGCAAAGUCCGGGUGAAUGGUGUGCUGAGGGCGUUGCCUGUCUCUGAGGCCAACGGGCGGCUUUCAGUGACCCACGGUGCAUCCAAAGCGGUGCUGGCCACUGACUUCGGGCUGCAGGUCACCUACGAUUGGAACUGGCGCGUGGAGGUGACACUGCCCAGCAGCUACCACGGCGCCGUGUGUGGGCUCUGCGGGAACAUGGACCGCAACCUGAGCAACGACCAAGCCUUCCCCAACGGCACCCUGGCCCCCUCCAUACCCAUCUGGGGCGGCAGCUGGCGGGUUCCAGGCUGGGACCCACUGUGCUGGGAUGAAUGUCAGGGGUCCUGCCCGACCUGCGCUGAGGACCGACUGGAGGAGUACGGGGGCCCCGGCUUCUGCGGCCCCCUGGUCCCUGGCUCCGGAGGCCCCUUCGCCGCCUGCCAUGAGCACGUGGCCCCUGAUAGCUUCUUCAAGGGCUGCGUUCUGGAUGUCUGCCUGGGCGGUGGGGCCAAGGACAUACUUUGCCAGGCUCUGGCUACCUAUGCUGCUGCCUGCCAAGCCGCUGGGAUCGUCAUUAAGGACUGGAGGACGGAGGCCGGCUGUGAGCUCCCCUGCCCGGAGAACAGCCACUACGAGCUCUGUGGCCCACCCUGCCCAGCAAGCUGCCCAUCUCCCACGCCUAACACCACCCCUGCCGUAUGUGAGGGCCCCUGCGUGGAGGGCUGCCAGUGCGACUCAGGCUUCGUGUUGAGUGCCGACCACUGCGUCCCCCUGGAAGGCGGCUGCGGCUGCUGGGCCAACGGCACCUACCACGAGGCCGGCAGCGAGUUCUGGGCUGAUGCCACCUGCUCCCAGCGGUGCCAAUGCGGGCCCGGAGGUGGCUCGCUGGUCUGCAAGCCUGCCAGCUGUGGGCAAGGUGAAGAGUGUGCCCUCCUGCCCUCAGGCCAGCAGGGCUGCCAACCUGUCAGCACAGCCGAGUGUCAGGCCUGGGGUGACCCCCAUUACAUCACCCUGGAUGGGCACCGAUUCGACUUCCAAGGCGCCUGCGAGUACCUGCUGAGUGCACCCUGCCAUGACCCACCCAAGGGGGCUGAGAACUUCACAGUCACGGUAGCCAACGAGCACCGGGGCAGCCAGGCCGUCAGUUACACCCGCACUGUCACCCUGCACAUCUACGGCCACAGCUUCACCCUCAGUGCCGGCUGGCCCCGGCAGCUGCAGGUGGACGGCAAGCUGGUGGCCCUGCCCUUCCAGCUGGACUCCCGCGUGCACGCCUACUUGAGCGGCGCAGACGUGGUGGUGAACACAGCCUCCGGGAUCUCGCUGGCUUUCGACGGAGACAGCAACGUGCGCCUGCGCGUGCCGGCGGCGUACGCGGGCGCCCUCUGUGGGCUGUGCGGGAACUACAACAAGAACCCCAACGACGACCUGGACGCGGUGGAGGGGAAGCCCGACCGCUGGCAAGUGGGCGGCGCCGCGGGCUGCGGAGAGUGCGUGCCCGGGCCGUGCCCCGAACCCUGCACGCCCGAGCAGCAGGAGCCCUUCGGCGGCCCAGACGCCUGCGGCGUGAUUUCGGCCGCCGAAGGCCCGCUGGCUCCCUGCCACAGCCUCAUUCCGCCCGAGCAGUACUUCCAGGCCUGCUUGCUGGACGCCUGCCAGGCUCAGGGCCAUCCAGGAGGCCUCUGCCCGGCCGUGGCCGCCUAUGUGGCAGCCUGCCAGGCCGCUGGGGCUCAGCUCGGCGAGUGGAGGCGGCCGGACUUCUGUCCCGCCCAGUGCCCUGACCACAGCCACUACCAGCUCUGCGGCGAUUCCUGCCCCGUGAGCUGCCCCAGCCUCUCCGCGCCCGAGGGCUGCGUGUCCACCUGCCGUGAGGGGUGCGUCUGCGACGCCGGCUUCGUGCUCAGCGGAGACGCCUGCGUGCCUGUGGGCCAGUGCGGCUGCCUCCACGAGGGCCGCUACUACCCGCUGGGUGAGACCUUCUACCCGGGCCCCGAGUGUGGGCGGCGCUGCCAGUGUGGACCCGGCGGUCAAGUCAGCUGCCAGGAGGGCCAGACCUGCAGGCCCUACGAGGAGUGCCGGGUACAGGACGGUGUCCAGGCCUGUCGCCCCACCGGCUGUGGCCGCUGCCUGGCCAAUGGGGGCACCCACUACAUUACCCUGGAUGGACGCGUCUAUGACCUGCAUGGCUCCUGCUCCUAUAUCUUGGCCCAGGUCUGCCACCCACAGCCUGGGGACGAGGACUUUACCAUCGUGCUUGAGAAGAAUGCGGCUGGAGAUCCCCAACGUGUGGUGGUUACUGUGGCCGGCCAGGUUGUGAGCCUGGCUCGGGGCCCACAGGUCACUGUGGAUGGUGAGGCUGUAGCCCUGCCCGUGGCUGUGGGCCAUGUGCGGGUGACGGCCGAGGGCCGGAACAUGGUUCUGCAGACAACCAAGGACCUGCGGCUUCUCUUUGAUGGCGACGCCCACAUCCUCAUUUCCAUCCCUUCGACCUUCCGUGACCGGCUCUGCGGCCUCUGUGGCAACUUCAAUGGCAACUGGAAUGACGACUUUGUCCUGCCCAGCGGUGACACGACCUCCAGUGUGGAUGCCUUUGGAGCUGCAUGGCGGGCUCCUGGCUCCUCCCAGGGCUGCAGCGAGGGCUGCGGACCCCAAGGCUGCCCCGUGUGCUCAGCAGAGCAGACGGCACCAUACGAGAGCCUCGAGGCCUGCGGGCGGCUCGCGGACGCCAAAGGCCCCUUCUCAGCCUGCCAUGCCGUGCUGAGCCCCUCUGAGUACUUCCGCCAGUGCGUGUAUGACCUCUGUGCCCAGAAGGGCAACAUCACCUACCUCUGCCGCAGCCUGGCAGCUUACACAGCAGCCUGCCAGGCUGCCGGCGUGGCCGUGAAGCCCUGGAGGACAGACAGCUUCUGCCCGCUGCAGUGCCCAGCCAACAGCCACUACUCCGUCUGCACGCGCUCCUGCCAGGGCUCCUGCGCGGCUCUUUCUGGCCUCACGGGCUGCACCACCCGCUGCUUUGAGGGCUGUCAGUGUGACGACCGCUUCCUGCUGUCCCAGGGUGUCUGCAUUCCUGUCCAAGACUGCGGCUGCACCCACGAUGGCCGAUACUUGCCGGUGAACUCCUCCCUGCUCACCUCGGACUGCAGCCAGCGCUGUUCCUGUUCCUCGAGCACUGGCCUGACGUGCCAGGCAGCCAGCUGCCCAGCGGGUCGUGUAUGCGAGGUCCAGGCUGGGGCCCGGGACUGCUGGGUCCCCCAUGGCCGCUGUUCCCUCUCUGUGGGUGCCAACCUCACCACCUUCGAUGGGGCCCAUGGCGCCGUCAGCUCCUCUGGUGUCUACGAGAUCUCUUUCCGCUGCCCGGGAUCACAGGAGACCGUCCCUUGGUACCGUGUGGUUGCCGAUGUUCAGCCCUGCAAGGGCAAAGUGGAAGCCGUGGCCCGGGUUCAUAUCUUCUUCCAGGAGGGGCUAGUGACUGUGACCCAAAACAAGGGCGUAUGGGUGAACGGUCUCCAAGUGGACCUCCCAGCUGAGGUGUUAACAUCUGUGUCCGUGAGUCAGAACGCUGACGGCUCUGUGCUAGUCCAGCAGAAGGCGGGGGUCCAGGUGCAGCUUGGCACCGAUGGGCAGCUGGCUGUGGUGGUCAGCGAUGACCAUGCUGGGAAGCUGUGUGGGGCCUGUGGAAACUUUGACGCAGACUGGACCAAUGAUUGGCCUAACUCCCAGAAGGAGACAACAUUGGAGAAUUGGAAAGCACAGGACUUCUUGCCAUGUCAGGACUGAUCAGUCAUCCACCGGAAAGGAAGACUGCAGGACCUGAAGCCUCUGGAGGUGGAAGGACGCACUCUGUCAUUGUAUGUGUCCCCUCUCCGCUCUACCCCUUUGCUGAGCCACUUGAGGCCAACCGGAAAAGCAUUAAAUAAAUAUCUUAAAUAAAGUCGCA